ACUUGUAACAGUAUAAGAAAAAAGUCUCUAAAAUGUAAAAACAAAUGUCUCUAGACAAACUUUUAUACUGAACGUCAUAGUUUGACUAAUAUCAUCGUCAAAGUAUUGGUUAGAAUUUUAAUUAUCGCACUUUAUAAAUUUUAAAACAUCAUGCUUAGAAUAAAAUAAGCAAGUGGAACUCUUAAUUUAUUUAUUAUAAAAAAAGUGAUCUCUUCUAAUCGAUAACCUUAUACUGAAAUCGAUAAACGUAUACUGAAGUAUGAUAGCAGUGAAUCACAUGUAUUACUAAUAAAUUAGUAAUUAAAGUUGUGAACAUUUGAUCUGUGAAAUAUAUCACAGCGGAUAAAUAUCAUUAUAUGGCUGUUGUUCGAAAAAAUUUUAUUUGAAAUCUAAAAAGAAUAUGAGUUUCUGCAUAUAUGAUUCAGAUAUUGUUGUAUGCAACAAUGACCAUCUCAUAAUAUACAACAUCGAUAAUAAUUUAAUAAAUACCAUAGCACUACCUCAGUUGGAAUGUAAUAAGGUAGUUAAUAUACAUAACAAUGUAGAUAUAGAAUCAUAUCACAUGAUAAUAAGUACAACAUUUUCUAACGAUGGCAAAUAUUUUUUGGUAUGUACAAAUCGUAAACAAUUGUGUUUAUAUGAAAGAAAAAGUAAAAGGCUUAUAUCAAACAGAAUAUUAUCUAGAGCAGCAAGCAAAGUAAUAUUUUCUCCAAACAAUGAUAUAAUUGUUGCCGAUAAAGCUGGAGAUGCUUAUUUAUUUUCUACCGCAAAUCCUAUAGAGAAUGGAACUUUACUCUUGGGACAUUUAUCAAUGCUGCUGGAUAUACUUGUCACGGAAGAUGGAAAGUAUAUUUUAACAACUGAUAGAGAUGAAAAGAUUCGUGUAUCGAUGUUUCCAUAUUCGUAUAAUAUUGUAUCUUAUUGUCUUGGACAUAGUAAAUUUGUAACGAAUAUUUGUGAACUACCUCAUAAAAAAAAAAUUCUAGUAUCUUCGGGAGGAGAUGGAACUUUUAUGUUAUGGAAUUAUGAAUAUGGUAGAGAAUUAUUAACCAUUAAUUUUAGUGAAAAAAUUGCUAAAUAUAAUAUUGACAAAUUUAAUCAAAUUCUUAAAAGUAAUCAUUAUGAAGAAUACGUAAAUGUCUUACCUGUGAAACAUUUAAAAGCUAUGGCACUUGAUAAAUUAUCGUCUUUACUUGUUAUAAGUUUUUAUAGUAGUAAUAUAUUACUGAUAUAUAUCAUUGAUGAAACAGUGGAAUCACAAUUAGCAGCUACUUGGAUUGAAACUAUAAUAAUGGAAGAUGAACCUUUAGAUUGUUUUUUAAAAAAUCAUCGAAUGUGGGUUUUAACCAAUUCAGGAGUGAACAUAUAUAUUUUGAAGAAUAAUCAUUUUGUAUUGGACUCAAUUACAAAUAAUACAUUAAAAGAAUUGAAUGAAGUUUGGAUGUCAUUGAAUAAUAAUACACUUACGCAAAAUUUAUUCCCUAUUUUGUACAAAAGAAAAUAUGAUAAUGUACAACAGUAUUUAGAAAGAAAAAAAACACGUCUGUCAAAUACUUUGGAAUAAGUAUUUUCAAUUAACAAAAUAAAAUUCCAAAAAAAGAAAAAAGAAAGAAAAGAAAAGAAAAAUAAGCAUACAACCUCAUGUAUUAUAAAUGUAAAUUCAUCUCAUUAUUUGAAUAAUAAAAGCAUGACAAGUUUACAUGAAUUUAUAUCAGACAAAAUAUAUUUAUGACGAGUUAAGCAUGAUUAAUAUAUUAUUAAUAUGCAAAUUCACAUGAAAAUGUAUGUAUUGUUAAGAUAAAAUAAGGCUAUUUUAUUGAUUUAUUUGUAUCAUUCACUAAAUCACAAUAGCUAUGUUGCUUUCUUAUACUGGUUUGUAAUCUAACUUUGAUUCAAGUUUCUUAUUAUCUGAAACUUUCCUUACAGCUUUCAUAAAAUCUUCUUGGACAACAUAUUCUCUCUCUAAUCUUAUUGCAAAUAAUCCAGCUUCUGUACAAACAUUUCUUAAAUCUGCCCCAUUAAAUCCAUCUGAUAAUUUGACUACUGCCUCAUAAUCUGUAUUAAAUAUUAGCCAAUUAUUGUUAAAUCAUGAAGAUUAUGUAUAUUAUACAUUACAUAUUAAUAUAUUUACCAAUGUCACCAUGCUUAGCAAUUGGACCUGCAUGAAUUUUCAAAAUUUCAAGUCGUGCUUGUUCAUUAGGUAACGGUAUUUCAAUCUUUCUGUCCAAACGACCGGGUCUUAAAAGAGCAGGGUCCAAAGUAUCAGGUCUAUUUGUUGCCAUUAUCAUUUUAACUUGACCUAAAGAAUCAAAGCCGUCCAUUUGAUUUAAUAAUUCCAUUAGA